AACGGCGCGAAUGUAGUGGAUGGUGAUAUACCAGUACCAAGGUCUAAUAAUUUGAUUCAAGUGGUCGACAAAGUAUUAUAUCCGCAAAAACCAUAUAAUUUAUUACAAGUUCUCGAAGAUAAUCCUCAUUUGACACAAAUUUCAUCAUUUAUAGCACUUUCCGGUCUUCAGAAUCAAUUGACAAUUCUCGAAGAUAAUCCUCAUUUGACACAAAUUUCAUCAUUUAUAGCACUUUCCGGUCUUCAGAAUCAAUUGACAACCAACGAUUCAUUUACAUUCUUCGCGCCCAAUGAUGAGGCCUUCCGAGCGGUUCCCUGGCCCGUCACACAACAGAUGCUCUCUAACAACACUUUCCUAAAAUUAUUAAUCGCCAACCAUUUAAUUCCCGGUAAACAAUACGCCACGGGUUUGGCCGGCAAUAAGAUCUACUCAAUUGGUGGCAAUGUCUUAAACUUCACGAGUAGAACCGUUCAAUCGCAUUCAUUAGUUUUAGUCAAUUUAGUGCCGAUCAUAGACUCGGAUCUGAUCGCCACCAAUGGUGUGAUUCAAGUGAUUACAAGAAUUAUUUUGCCCAAAGAAUUGAUGGACGACUGCAAGUGUCUGCCAAACAGUACCACAACUAAAAGGCCAGACAGACAAUCGUCGGGCAACGAGACAUCAACUAUAGACCCGUUAAUAGAGAAAAUGCUGGGAACCGAUGAAAAUAUCAAUAAUAUUGAUCGACGAUACGGUUUGGCACCGCCGAGGAAUGGACAACAGUCUGGCGAUCACUUCACGUCUACUCCGAAGCCGGUGACGUUCAGAUCCUUUUGGGACGACCUCUUCUCGGCCACUGAAGACCCGCUUAACGCAACCCAAUCGGUGACCGGAAACGGGACACAAACCACAGGCAGUGGUGACAGGAAUACGACAACACUGUCGUCGACGACACCGAAUCCAAACGUCACAGAAUUGCCAUUCCUUUGGGACUUUCUGACCACCGAAACCCCGCAGCCAUUGAAUCAAACGACUGACAAACCUGUCAAUGACAGCACAUCCAGAGUAUCGGCGACGAGACGAUUGAGACAAUACACGCCUGGAGUUCAAUAUGACGACGAGAGUAACACCACAACCGCCACAACAGGCAACGGAACCGCUGCUGACGGGACGGCAUCCACACCACAGCCCACUUCAUGGACCCGACCUUUCUAUAGGCCGGGCGUCAGACGGAGCACAACAGAAACGACGGCUCAAAGCGCGACAAAUGCGACCGAAACGACAACUCCUUUCGGAAUCGGGAACUCAUAUUUUAGGCCAACUGUGAAGCCUGUCUUCCGGCCGACCCAUAGGAGAGACACAUUCACAGCUCAGCCAAACACAGACAAUACUGUCCCGCCUUAUGAUCGCCGGUAUGGCAUUCAAAGAGAUAGAAAGCCUAUCAACGAUAGCGAUGAUCAGUUGACCAGAAGAUCCCAAAUCAGCUCAAGACUGCAGGAGCCCAUUGAACAGCGCAAAGAUGACGAUCAAUAUAUUGAACAAGAAAUUGAAAAUCAAUCCCAUUAUAGUCCGAACCGAACACAAUAUCCGUAUCAAAGAGAUCCCAAAGGGAGUCAACAGUCGUAUGAUCGACGGCCACAAUCUCAAGACACAGUCUCCCAACCAUUCGUUAGACGACCCUAUGAUCAGAGAGUGAGUCCACGAAACGAAUCCAGAUAUUCGCCCGAAGAAGUGCAACAAAAACCGUAUUCACCCACUUCUUGGACUCAUCAGCAAAACAUAUCCCACUCGGACUCAAGACAACAGACAUCAUCCGAUCUUUCGGCGCCAACACAUCCAUCAGAACCUCCGCGACAACAACUCAAUUGGUGGGACUCUCGAUACGAACCGGAUGUCUAUUCUGUGGCGGCCUUUGCUCCUACACCUCAAGACCAACAGCGAAGACCUCAGGCAUACGACCCGAGGACUCUCUAUCAACCGGCAAGACCUGAGCGGCCGCGCGAUUACAGACCCGGAGUUGUAUACAUAGAUCAAAGCGAUUCUCACUAUUAUAGACCGCCGACAAAAGACAGGCGAAUCUUUAAACCGAGAAAUGACACCAAAACGAGUCCACAAUCUUCCAGAGCUGGAGCGGCGAGAAGUCAGAAACCAACGAGUGAUGUAUAUUCCAGACCACAAUAUAUGGACAGAUCAUACGUACCCUCUUAUGAUCCCUUUGUGAGACCACCGAUGGUUGUGGGAGAGUAUCCACACAUGUAUAAUAUUGAUCACUCGUAUCCAUCAAUGGAUCAAUUUAGACCUCCUGUACGCCAACCCUUCCAGAGAGACCAACGAUUGGAUCCAUUUGAUAGACGAAGACCUGUUAGUGAUACAAAGACCUCUUCGUCGUCGUCUAAUUAUGACACCAUAAGAAGGAGAGGAGACACUCGUGACCGCAAACCUGAAGAGACAAAAGCGGACCCAAAUCUGAAAACAAUUAGUGAAAUCAUAGAAUCACCGGAUCUGAUGGUCGGCGGAAAAUUCAGACAAUUCAAUACUUUAAAGGAUAUGAUCACCGAUUCUGGUCUUUGGGAUGCAUUGAAUAGACCGACGACUUAUAUCACUAUAUUUAUGCCGACAGACGACGCUUUCGCCGCCAUCACCGAUGGAUCGGUUGACCAAAUGAAGAGGAAUCCCAAACUUGUCAGAGAUUUCUUAACACAACAUAUACUCGGAUAUAGUCUUCCGCCGCAAAAUCUCAAGAAUAAUAUGAAAGUGAAAUCAUUGAACGGAGAAAUGCAUUUAAUUAAUGUGAUAGACGGCGGAAAAAUUAUGGUCGACGGGAAUGAAGUGAUCGCCGCGACGGCCGCCAAGAAUGGCAACGUAUAUGUGAUGGACAAAGUGCUGGAAAGAAGUGGUCGCAGAUCCCGAUCCAUUCCCGAUGAGUUGAGACGCCGAUCAGAUUUGAGCACAUUUUCCAGUUUAUUGCAAAGAAGUGAUCUCAUGAGCCAAUUAUCUCGUGAAUCUGGACCAUUCACUGUAAUGGCUCCGACCAAUACUGCACUCAAUAACGCAAAUAUAAGACAACUAAUUAAGAGUCAAAAGGAUUUAAAUGAUUUUGUGCGCAAACACGUAAUGGAUGGCGCCGUUUAUAGCCAACAAUUAUCUGAUCCAAACGAUGGAAGUGAUAAUAAAGAUAUUAGAAGAGUUGGUUUGAGUUCAGACGCUCCGAUUACUAUCAAUAACUCAACUCAAGUGAUAUCUCCAGACAUAACCACAGAGAAUGGUGUCAUUCAUAUUAUUGAUACAAACGAAGAAUCAGAUAGAAAUGGAAGACUGUCUUCAGUGCAAAGAUCGGCACAGAGUCUUGGGAUCAGAAGAUUCACAAAUUGGCUCAAUAAGAGUGGUUUGUUGGAUGAGCUCAUCAAAGAUGGUCGAGAGUACACAGUUAUUGUGCCGACGGAUAGGGCUGUCGGCAAACUGCCACUAAAGAUACAGUCCAUACUGAAUAGCGAACCCUCCCGACUGACCAGUCUCUUGGAAUAUCACAUAAUUCCCGGUUUUGUGGACACAAAAGAUUUGAAAGACAACGAAAUGUUGACCACAAUUAAUAGCAAACAAAUCCGAUUCAAUAGAUUAGAGGCCGGAAAGGUUCAGACGCUGUCCGGAGCGCCGAUUAACAGACAACAGACCGAUAAGAAUUUGUUGAUAAUAGCUGUGGACAGUGUGUUAUACCCACCGCAGGGAACUGUUGGCGAUCUGAUCACAAAAUCACCGUUUCUUAAGUUAGUGAAUGAGAUCAUCAAAACCGCACAAAUGGAGGACGAGUUGAAGAAUAGUUCGGACAUCACUUUCUUCGCCCCCAAAGACGAGGCACUCAAACAAUUGGCGCCCGAAAUACUCGAGCGCUUGAAAACUGACCAAAACUAUAGCAGAGAAUUUCUUCGCAAACAUAUUAUACCAAAAGUGUUGUUCACGAGUGCUCUUCAAGUGAAUAACGAGACUAAUAUCACACACAAAGAGCAGGCAUUAAGUGGCGAUACUCUUAAGGUCUACCGAAAGCCCAAUUGUGUUUCAGUCAAUGGCAUAACAUUGUCUUUCGCAGACAUCACUGCAACCAAUGGUGUUCUUCAUAUUAUUGAUCACACAAUUUGAUAAAAUAAUGAAUAAAAUGUCAUAUUUUUGUACUAUUUUUACCAAAUAAAAUCACAAAACAGCCAAAUGUAACCA